UUCUUAAUCCAGUCUAUCAUUCAUGGGCAUUUGGGUUGGUUCCAAGUCUUUGCUAUUGUAAAUAGCAAGGGAAGCUGUGAGACACGGCACCGGGAAAAUCAGGUCACUCCCACCCUAAUACUGUGCUUUUCCAAUGGUCUUAGCAAACAGCACAGGAGUGGGUGAAUUUUAUAGAAUAUUCUAGAGAAAGGGAAGAGCAUGAAGGAAGUUUUAGCGACAUAACAUCGCCUGGCUCCCUCACAGAACUCUGUAUUCAGUUUUCUCAGGUCUAGAAAUUUCCUGGUGGUUUCUGUGUUCAUUUUGCAUUAAUAACCUCUAAAAAUACUUUAAAAUACACAAUUUCAGCCUUCCUGUGUUGUACAGCACCAAGCCUUGCCUGAGCUGAGUGAGAUCCACAGAAGCUUGAACAAUAGCUGUAGCCUGAGCAGGCUGCGGGGCAGCAUUAUGUCAUCUUUGUGUGCCCAGGAGUGUGCUGUCCUCACACGUCUCCUAGAUAGCAGAAGCCAUCUCUAUCGCAUCAAAAAUUUAGCUAAAUAUGAAAAUAUCUGUACAUACACAUCACAAGAGAUGGAAAUAGGGCAUAAAAAGAUCCAGAGAUAUAGACCAUCUUCACUGCUGGCUGUAGCAUCACUGCUUACACACACAUAAACAGAAAUAAGUAGCACAGUGAAAAGUGGAUAAUAGUCUUACCUAUAAGACUGAAACUCUAAUGAUAUCUAAAGUUCAAUUAUGACACAGUGCUGAUGGCUUGGGCACAGUUCCUUUAAAACCAUUGUUGAAGUUACAGUUGUACCUUUUAGAAAUAAGACACUAACAACAUAUCCGACCCAACCCAUCCCCCUGGGUUAGAGUAUCAAAGAGAAAUAAGGGAUACACCUGACCUGCAGUGAGCAAAGCAGAACCCAGUCUCUAAGGUGGUGAGGCCCCCCAGUGUGGAGCUGAAAGCUGCCAUUGUUUUGCUUCUCUUUAUAAAGGGAGCUGCCCCGUUCCUCCCAGCACAGUGUUGGGAGCAACUCUAGAGCCUCCUGCAAGAUGCUGUUGAUUCUGCUGUCAGUGGCCCUGCUGGCCCUGAGCUCAGCUCAGAACUUACAUGAAGAUGUCGGCCAGGAAGAAUCUCCCUCCCUAAUAUCAGAACAUCAACAAGGACAACCCCAGCAAGGAGGCAACAAACCUCAAGGUCCCCCACCUUCAGGAGGGCCACAAGGACCACCCCAACAAGGAGGCAAGAAACCUCAAGGUCCCCCACCUCCAGGAAAGCCAAAAGACCACGCCCAACAAGGAGGCAACAGACCUCAAGGUCCCCCACCUCCAGGAAGGCCACAAGGACCACCCCAACAAGGAGGCAACAGACAUCAAGGUCCCCCACAACCAGGAAGGCCACAAGGACCACCCCAACAAGGAGGCAACAGACCUCAAGGUCCCCCACCUCCAGGAAGGCCCCAGGGACCACCAUCCCCUCCUCAAGGGGGCAGACCCGCCGGACCUCCCCAGGGACAGUCUCCCCAGUAAUCUAGGAUUCAAUGACAGGAAAUGAAUAAGAAGACGAUAGUGAUUCAAAUGAUUCAAAUGCCAUGACGUUGGAAGAAGGUGGUCAUAGCUCUAACUUCAAUAUACCAAUAAAAUAAUCAGCUUGCAAUUUCUGA